AUGCGUGAAUCCCACCGUUCCGAGAGCAAGGGAGACGAAUGGAGUCCAAAAGAGAUGGAAGGAAAAAGGGUGGGGCACCAACGUAAAAAUAAAUCUCGGUUUGUGAAGUGCAGUAAUGUAACUCGAGCGACCGGCCUGAUGAGUAUGUCAUCGCAAAUCCUACCCCAAGCAAUGUACCGCCGCGACUCAGAAGAGACGCAGGAGAAGCCGCUCGAGAUAGACCAGGACUCCAACCCUGACCGCAGCCAUUCGAGCAGCCCCAAGAGCAUGAAAUACUACAAGCACAUGGACGAGGAGAAAACGAUAAUCGGCCAGGGGAAGAAGUCUUUCUGCAUAGACGCCCUGCUCUCGCGCCACAUGGAGCCGGAGUCCUCGAUACAGGAGAAGGCGCAGCAGAAGUACCUCUCCUACAUCCAAAACAAGAACUACAUAGCGAGGUACAACAGCGAGAACUACGAGGCCCAAAUCGAGCACAAUACGAUAGAGCGGUGCCAGAAUCGUGGCUUCGAGCAGAGGUUCGAAAGGGUGGAGAGCGUGAGCCCCCGGUCGGGGCAGAGCACCCCCAGAAGUGGAUCCCCUGGCUCCGACGACGGCAACAGGUCGGAGAGCUACAGCCCGCCGAUUUCCCCUGGCGUCGAGGGCGGCGUAGAAGAGUACGAGAGCUAUAGGCCAGGUAUAAUUCCGAAGCCUGGCCUGCUGCCACAAAAUCCGGCGCUGGUCGCGGCGCAGUCCUCGCUGUUCAGCUACUCGCAGCUGUCGCAGCCGGGGGUUCCCCCCGGAGCCCCGAUGCCCUCCGCCUUCCACCACCCUGGUGACCGCGUGCUGCACCACAUGCAACUGGAGUGGCUGGCGCGCACUGGGAUGUUCUACCAUCGAAUACCCGAGUUGGGAGGU